AUGCAGCUGUGCAAGGGGAAGCCCCCAGCAGCACGGCUGCGCUGUGCGCUGCUGCUCAGCUCCCUGCUGCUGGUCAUUGCCCUGGCACUGCGCAGUGUGACCCGGCCCUGCCAUGAUGCCCACCCCCGCUGCCGUGACCACCUCCGCCGGGCUCUGGAGCUACCCUCCAGCCGAAGGAUCAACUGCUCGGGGGUUGUCAGCGGGGACGAGCAGGCGAUCCAGCAGGCACUCCUCAGCAACCUGGAGACUAGAAACAAAAGGGCACCCCUGACACCUGAAGCGUACCUUAACAUGACGAAGGACUGCAGCAGCUUCAAGGAGACCCGGCGCUUCAUUGAGUUCCCGCUGAGCAAGGAGGAGGCUGAGUUCCCCAUUGCCUACUCCAUAGUCAUCCACAACAAAAUCGAGAUGUUUGAGCGGCUCCUGCGGUCUGUCUACGUGCCACAGAAUGUCUACUGUGUCCACAUAGACAGCAAGUCCCCAGCUGCUUUCCACGAGGCCGUGAGGGCCAUCGCUGCCUGCUUCCCCAACGUCUUUGUGGCCAGCCGCCUGGAGAAGGUGGUCUACGCCUCCUGGUCACGCCUGCAGGCUGACCUCAACUGCAUGCAGGACCUGCUGCGGAGCCCCGUGCCGUGGCGCUACGUCCUCAACACCUGCGGCACUGACUUCCCCAUCAAAACCAAUGCGGAGAUGGUCCGCGCCCUCCAGAUGCUGCAGGGGCAGAACAGCAUGGAGUCGGAGAAGCCAUCGUCCUACAAGCAGCUGCGGUGGAAGUACCACCACGAAGUGGGGGACGCCAUCUCCCAGACAGCCACCGAGAAGCUGCCGUCGCCGCUCAGCUCACCCAUGUUCACGGGCAGCGCGUACAUUGCGGUGACGCGGGCCUUCGUGCAGCACAUCUUCGAGGACCCCACAGCGCUGCAGUUUCUCGAGUGGGCCAAGGACACCUACAGCCCCGACGAGCACGUCUGGGCCACCCUCACCCGCGUGCCUGGCGUGCCAGGCGCCGUGCCCCACAACGACAAGUUCGAGCUCUCGGACAUGAACGCCCUGCCCCGCCUGGUCAAAUGGCAGUACCUGGAGGGCGACACCAGCAAGGGAGCGCCCUACCCGCCCUGCACCGGCCGGUACCAGCGCGCCGUCUGCAUCUACGGGGCCGGAGACGUGUCCUGGAUGCUCCGGCAGCACCACCUCUUGGCCAACAAGUUCGACCCCCGGGUGGACGAUGCCGCCAUCCAGUGCCUCGAGGAGCACCUGCGCCACAGGGCUCUGCUCGGCGCGGGGCUCUGA